AUGAGCACAUCAAAAUAUGAAUUUAUUUCGAGAACUUCAGGCAUUCAUUCGCCUCCAGAGGCCACACUGGAGAAUCUGCAAGAAAAUAAUUUAGAUGGAGAUGAAAGCCAAGAACAGAAUAGAGAGUUGAAAAGAGAGUGCGAACUCACGAUUUCUGGAGAGGACUCUGAUCCCAAGUCAAAUCUGGAGCUGAAUUUAAUUGAUUGCUUGGAGAAGGCUCCAUCUAAUACUUCACCAGAAACACCAGAAGCAUCAGAUGACGAGCCACGAGUUUUCCCGUGCAACUAUUGCCAACGAACAUUUUAUAGCUCCCAAGCACUAGGUGGACAUCAGAAUGCACAUAAAAGGGAGAGAAUUCUGGCAAAAAGAAGACACAACCUAGGGACAUCAUAUAUGGCAGCUUUUGGACAAAUCCAGCACCAUUAUCCCAGCAUGUCAGCUCUUCCACUGAAUGGUUCUUUCUAUAACUCACUCGGAAUUCAAGUUCACUCAUCGAUUCAUAAGCCUUCUCAUGCAUUAGGUGCCUCAGGAUACAAGAGUUUUUACGGGCAUGCUGGUAGGUCUAGGACCCCAAUUGACCAGCAACCAUCUGUAGGGAAGCUAGCAGUGCAAAAGUAUAAUUCCAGUGCAUCAAAUGGACUAUUUCCUAUAGGCAAUACUGUGACAUCAAGCAUAGUGAGAACAUCGACGGAUUUUCCUCCGGAUUGGAUGGGAGCUGUUCACUUGAAGACUAAUCAAGACAGCUUGCAAAAGCUUGAUCUCUCACUCAAGCUCUAA